UGCGUGCAAGCAGAUCGAUUCACAAAACGCGGGCGUGAAACUACACACAUUGUUCCAAAACAAUAUAUAUCUUUAAAAAUAUAUAUAUCUCAACUCAAGAAGUGUUUUAGAAAACAUAGAAAGAUCACCAAAUGAUGAGCGCUCGCUCGGUGUCGCCAAAAGUGCUGCUGGACAUUAGCUACAAGCCCACGCUGCCGAAUAUCAUGGAGCUGCAGCACAAUGUGAUCAAGCUCAUCCAGGUGGAACAACAGGCCUACAUGCAAUCCGGCUACCAACUCCAGCAGCAGCAGCAGCAACAUCUCCACCAGCAACAACAGCAGCAGCAGAACCAGCAGCAACCUCAGUAUGCCCCACUGCCAUCGGAAUAUGCGGCCUAUGGCAUCACGGAACUGGAGGACAACGACUACAAUAUACCCAGCAACGAGGUACUCAGCACCAGCAGCAACCAGAGUGCCCAGAGUGCCAGCCUGGAGCUGAACAACAACAACACCGGCAGCAACAACUCGGUUUCCGGCAGCAAUCCGAGUGGAUUUGACCCCCAAACCAACGGAGGAUCCUCGUGGAAUGAACAUGGCAAGAGGCCCAGGAGCAGUGGUGAUUACGAUUGCCAGACCGGAGGUUCACUGGCCAUGCAGCCGGAACACAAGAAGCUUAUCCACCACCAACAGCAGCAGCAGCAGCAACAUCAGCAACAGCAACAUCAACAGCAGCAGCAACACAUUUAUGUGGAUUACUUACCCACCACCGUGGAUGAGGUGGCAUCGGCUCAAUCUUGUCCAGGAGUCCAGAGCACCUGCACCUCGCCUCACUCGCAUUUUGAGUUCCCCGACGAAGAUCUUCCCGAGCACAAGACUCAGGUUUUCCUGCCCCUCUACAACAACCAGCAACAAUCGCAGCAGCAGCAGCAGCAACAGCAACAGCAGCAACACCAACAGACUCACUCCCAAAUGCACUUCCAAACGGCCUAUAGACAGAGUUUCGAGGGCUAUGAGCCGGCCAAUUCCCUGAAUGGCAGUGCCUAUUCCAGCUCGGAUCGGGACGACAUGGAGUAUGCCCGCCACAAUGCCCUGAGUUCCGUGAGCGAUCUCAAUGGAGGAGUCAUGUCGCCCGCCUGUUUGGCGGAUGACGGAAGUGCCGGCAGCUUGCUGGACGGUUCGGAUGCCGGCGGAAAGGCCUUCCGGAAGCCACGUCGCCGGCUGAAGCGGAAGCCCAGCAAGUCGGAGGAGACGGACGAGUUCAGCAACCAGCGGGUGAUGGCCAAUGUGAGGGAGAGGCAGCGCACCCAGAGCCUCAACGACGCCUUCAAGUCCCUGCAGCAGAUCAUCCCCACGCUGCCCAGCGACAAGCUCAGCAAGAUCCAGACCCUCAAACUGGCCACAAGAUACAUCGACUUCCUGUGCCGCAUGCUCAGCUCGAGCGACAUUUCCCUGCUGAAGGCGUUGGAGGCCCAGGGAUCGCCCUCGGCCUACGGAUCGGCCAGCUCCAUAUUGAGUGCGGCUGCCAAUGGAGCCGAUGCCGAUCUGAAGUGCCUGCGGAAGGCGAACGGAGCACCUAUCAUCCCGCCCGAGAAGCUGAGCUACCUUUUCGGGGUGUGGCGCAUGGAGGGCGAUGCCCAGCACCAGAAGGCAUAGCAACGGAUCGGGCGACUAUAUACUAAAUGAAUAUAUAUGCCUGCCAAGGAUCCAGGAUGGGCUUCCAGCUGCAACUAUCGUGUGAAUUCCAGAGCCCUGGCCGCUCUCACUCUUCAAUUCUCUGUCACUCUUUCCAUAUAUACGUGUCGAUUAUAUAGAUGUCUAAGCCUAAGCCUACGAUUAAAGCCUAUUUAAUUUGUAUAGUCUAAACUAAACUAAAUUAAUUGUAAAAACGAAACAAGCCAAGAAACAAAGAAA